GUUCAUCUCAUCAAUGUUGUAUUCCUGCUUGUUCAGUUAUUGCUCUAGGCCCGAAAAAGCGGGUGCCCCGUCUGAUGGUUCCCCCCCUGCACCCCACAUUGAGAUCUCCAUGUUGCAACACUUAUCCAGCUUCUACUUUGGGGUAGCUCGUGCGAGAUUGAUCGGCAAAGAUAGCACAGUCGGUUUACAUUGGACAGAGACGACCCGCUGGAAAGUGGAUACUUCUACGGGCAUGGACGAGGGUGUGGGUGCCCAGGAAAACACUUAAGUACUCCUGGUCCUACUUUCGAUGGGAAUCCAGGUUCAGUCUUCGUUGUAUUCCUGGCGGGUUCAAGUCGCAAUCAUGUGUAAGUGUUGACUUAUGAAGAGCGUUUGUGGAUUUUCAAUGCUAAUGUUUCUCCAGCUCAAGAAAAUAAGACCGCCGAUGCCCAAAUCAUCCUCGGGCCUGAAGCCCAUUUGGAUAUGAGUCGGGGCUCAAUGGUUGAAGCCGAUGCUGUCCGCGCUACUCUUCCAGUCGCCAAUGCUCCCACAGAGGAGGAGCGACUCACUCUUCGCAGAGUGGCAGGGAAGUUGCCUAGUAUUGCAUAUGUCAUCUGUGCUGUCGAGUUUGCUGAGAGAGCGAGUUACUAUGGUAAAUACUCCAUUUCUUCGAAUACAUGUCGACAUGUAUAUAUGUGGAGUGAUUUAGGGGAAAUCCCAUCAUCUAGACUCUCUUAUAACUCAAACAAAUAUAUGCUAACUUCAUUGAAAAGGUGUCCAACCUCUGUUCUCCAAUUUUGUCAACAGAAAACUGCCGACCAAUGGAAACGGCUAUGGUGCACCUCCAGCCGGGACUGAACAAACUGCUGGUGCUCUCGGAAUGGGAACAGUGAAAGCAACGGCCGUUUCUCAGUCUUUUUCUAUGUUGGCAUACUCCUUGCCACUCUUUUUUGCCUGGAUUGCCGAUACCAGAACUGGUCGUUUCAAGAUGGUCUGUUGGGGUGUGGCAGUUUGCGGAGUCGCUCACGUCAUUAGUAAGUCUUAUCAUGAUACCGCCGGAUUAGAAUCAAUUAACAAUUCAUUAGUGGUUGCUUCUGGUGCUCCAAGUCUCUUGGCCAAUGGUAAUGCAAAGAUACCCUUCUUUUUGAGUGUAUACGUUCUAUCAGUCGGUGCUGGUAAGUCCCUUCCGUAUACAAGAGCUUGAUAUCCGAAACCUAAUAUUCAAAUAGCAAUGUUUAAACCUAAUAUCUCCCCUAUUCUUUUGGAUCAAAUGAAGAGUCAUACUUUGGAAACAAAAACGUUGAAGACCGGCGAAAAGGUCAUUGUCGAUCCUGAGCACACGACAGAAAGGGUCAUGUUAUGGGUAAGGAGCACUUUCCUGAUUUGCAGAUAUCAUUCUAAUUGUCCUAGUUCUAUCUGUUGAUCAAUAUUGGAGGUUUCAUGAACGUCCCAACCACAUAUACCGAAAAAUAUGUCGGCUGGUGGUUGUCGUUCCUCUUGCCAUUAAUCCUGUACCUUCCGCUAUUCCCGUUACUCUACUGGCUCAAAGACAAACUCGUCCUUCAUGCACCUGGGGGAAGUGAUCUUGGAAACGUUUGCCGUGUUGUCGGAGUCUGUUUCAAACGUGGAGGCUUGAAGCGCUUCGGUCGUGGUGGUUUCUUCGAAGCAGCCAAACCAUCUAACAUCGCCAAAUCUGGCAACGUUAUCGAAGUCCCAUGGAACGAUCAAUUCGUCGACGAUGUCAAGCGAACAUUUCAGGCAACUGGUAUGUUUCUUUUCUUCCCAUUCCAGUCUAUCAACGACCAGGGUCUCGGAGGAUCAGCAAACGCACUUUCUACCAUGCUCUCAACAAAGGGUGUACCAAACGAUGUCAUUGGUAACUUCAACUCUCUCUCAAUUAUCAUCAUGGCACCAAUUCUGAACUACGGACUCUACCCACUUCUCCGAAACCGCAAAAUUCACUUCGGUCCUAUUGCACGUAUAACCUUUGGUCUAUUUCUAUCCUGCCUCGCUGGUGCUGGUUAUACCAUACUCAACUACUACGCAUAUAAAGUAGGACCAUGUGGGAAAUAUGGAUCAUCAGCUGAUUGUGUGGAUGAAAAUGAUGUCUCUUUGGUCGCCGAUAUUACCAUUUGGUAUAUGGCCAUCCCAUACGCCUUGGGAGGUAUUUCCGAGCUGUUCGUCAAUGUUCCUGCUUACGGAAUCGCAUACUCUCGUGCACCAAAGAACAUGCGUGGUCUCCUUUCCGCUAUCAACCUCUUCAUGGCCGCCAUCUCCUAUGCCAUCGGCCUUGCCACUGCCGGUGUCAUCAAAGAUCCCUAUCUAACUUGGGAUUUCGGUGCACCUACCAUCAUUGGUGCUGUUCUGACGGUUGCAUUCUACCUCACCUUCCGAGAUAUUGACAAGGAGGAGUACAUGAUCAGUGAGAAUGGAGAUUAUCACUUGAACUUGAAGAACGGGCAGACCAAGGCUGGUCCACCUUCUUAUGAAGCUGGCUUUGAUGAGAAGGAUUCUAUGGCCAGUGUUGGGAAAGGUGUUGCUACUGCUCCAGUUGUUUCUCCUGUUGCUGAAGAGAGCAAGGAGCUUAAGUAGUGGAGUUCUUUUUCUGAUCUCUGAGAGAUUUCCAACAUGUCGUGAUGAAUUGGUUGCGCCGGAUCUGGCUUGAAUGGAUGAGUGUAAUGUAGGUUCAAUGAUGGGGUUGGAUUAUGACUCAUGGCG